AUGGCCCAUCACUUCCGCACAACCCACAACAACCCCCUCCCCGUCCCUCCCAAACCCGGCGGAACAACCGCAGCAGCAUCAAGCACAACAACCCUCCCCUCCCACCAUCAUAAUCCAUUCACCUACUCCCAUACCCAUCCCCACUACACUCAUCCACACUACUCCUACACCCACCCCUCCUACACCCAUCAUCACCACUCUCACGCCCCCAAACCCAAACACGUCCACUUCGACACCGACUACCGCCCCUCCGCCCUUUCCCUAAAAAUCAAACUCGGCCCCCGCAGUAAUCCGACCAGCGAAAUCAAAAUCAGCGUCUACUUCGAAGAAGGCAAAUUGCCUCGAGUGAAAGUUAAAACCAAGAGGCCGAAAGAGCAGCCGCAUAGGAAGAGGAAGAGGACGUAUGUGGAAGAACAGGAUGGGAGGGGGAAACCUUGGUGA